AUGGGGCUUCUUGGCGGGCUUGGCGCUCGUCGCCGACGUGGUUGGGGAAGUCUAUGCCUUGUUGAUAUUGAAGCGCCUGGCGGCAACGACGUCGAGCGUUUGUUCGACAAGGAGCUUCAGAACAUUGUGGCCCCGCUGCCUGCCACUGAUGCCCGUGAUUUCCCGCUUGCGGCUUUUGGGCGCGGCAGCAGCGUUCAUAUUUGGACUGAGGGCUUCAAACACUGGACCGAUGCGAUGGAAUCGCUGGGCCACGGGUAUCAGCUAUACCGGUCCUGGGGGUCCGCCCACAGCGGGUAUAGAUUCUCCGGCAUCGAAUCACGGAAAAAUUUCCUGGGCGACCAUGACUGGUUCAGAUCUGGCGGCCUAAGUCCUGGCAAACGUCCCAACCUCCAAACCCCAAAACGGGCCAAUCUCGGGCUCCCGCUCAGUUUUGGCAAGAAGACGAUCGACGCGGCUGCGCCUUUUGCGCGCAGGGCGAGCCCCAUCAUGUUUCAUAUCGCCAAGGUCUCGGGCAAAUUUCACCCUGUUGCGACGCACUUGGAUAAUGCCUGGCUUCCCGAGGCCGACGAGCGAGCCGGGCGGCCGCCUCCGCUCUUGGUCACAGACAGCCAGGAAAUGCCUUUCCAGCCCGACCCUACAGUCGUUGAAAACUACUUCAAUGGCUGGCAGCGCACAAAGCCAACCGAGCGGUAUUCUUAUUUCGACGGCUACGAAAUUGAUCUGUCGGUGCGUGGAGAUGCGCGAUGA